UGAAAAUUGUGCUAGUCUCAGCAAACUGUUCAGAGGUUGGUAGUUUUUUUCCACCUAAGAGGAACAGAGAGGGUGAAGGAUUAUAAAGAGACUUUGUGCCUCAUUGUGAAGGAACAAGGUGCUCACUGAUCAUAAAUUGGCAGGAGGGAACAAUCAAGAAUCAAAAAGUCAUCAUGGCAUCAGCAUAUGAAGAUGAUUCACAGGAUCUGCGGAUUGUGUUACUGGGAGUCUCUGGUGUAGGAAAGAGUGCAAUGGGAAAUGCCAUACUGGGUCGAGAGGCUUUUAAAGAGAGUAGAACCAGAGAGAGUGUGAUACAGAAAGGAAGAAAAGAAAACAGAAACAUCUCCAUCAUUGACACUCCAGGAUUCUUCAACACUGAACUGACCAAUGAAGAACUGCAGAAGCAAAUGAUGAAGAGUCUGGAUCUCUCUGAUCCUGGUCCUCAUGUGUUCCUGCUCAUCAUCAACCUGGAGAACUUCAAAGAGGAUGAAAGGAACAUUGUGGAGCAAGUUCUGGAGGUCUUUGGAGAAGAAGCUUUGCUGUUCACAAUGGUGAUGUUUACUGGAAGAGAAAAAGUCUCCAAAAGAGAAUGGAUUCAAAUCAAUGAGAGUGAAGAAACAAAAAAAAUAUUCAACUAUUUUGAGGGAAGAUGUCAUGUGAUAAACAGCAAAAAUGAAUGUGAUCUCUACCAGAUCACAAAGCUCCUGAAGAGCAUUGAUGAAAUGGUGAGGAACAAUGAAGAACGGCAUUACAGAAAAGUCAGAGAGCAGGAGGAGAGAAUGAAACAAGAAAUGGUGGAGAAAAGGCUUGAAGAGAGAAACAUGCAAGAGCAGAAGAAAGAGAUAAAUCCAGAGAUGGAUAUUAAAACUUAUGAGAGAAAACAAGAUGAAGCAACUGGUCUGAAGAUUGUUCUGGUGGGUAAAAGUGGAGUAGGAAAAACUGCAACAGCAAACACCAUUCAGGGCAAAAAUGUGUUCAGAUCGAAUUGGACCCGCACCUGUGAGAAACACGAUGCAGUGGUGUCUGGAAGAACCAUCUCGAUCAUUGACACUCCAGGACUGUUAGAUUUCCGGCACUUUCAACAUGAACUCAAGAGUGACAUUGAGAAAUGCUUAGACUUAUCAGCUCCUGGUCCUCUUGUGUUUCUGCUGAUCAUCAGAGUGAAUGAGAGAAUCACAGAGGAAGAAAAAAACACAGUGAAAUGGAUUCAGCAGAACUUUGGAGAAGAUGCUGUGCGUCACACCAUCAUUCUGUUCACUCACGCUGAUUUGCUGAAGGAUGAAUCUUUGAAUGAGUACAUCGGAAAAAGCCCUGAUUUGGAUUCACUGGUUCACAGUUGUGGUGGCAGAUUUCACUCAUUCAACAAUCAAGACAGAAACAAUCAAAAUCAGGUCAUAGAGCUUCUGGAGAAAUUUGAACAACUGAUUAAAGACAAUGGAGGAGAACAUGAUGCCAAUGAGAAGAGCCUGGAAGCUCAAAACAAACUCAGAGAGCAGAGCCAGAAACAAGAAGAUACAAGACAAUCUUUUCCUGGAUCUACAUCUCCUCAAGAGAUGCGAGAGCAAGAAAUAGGAAUAAAUCAAGAUGAGGACAUAAAUACACAAAGCAAAGAAGAGAGAAACACAAAUACGGAGACGGUCUUACAUGAACUUCGAAGAGAUACAGAUGAUUUCAUGAGACUCAUGAUGGGCCUCGAGCUAAGUGAGAUGGCUCUGAGUUUGUCAUUUGAAAGAGCAAUCGUACCAAGCAUUCUGUCAAGACAAGAUCUAACAGAUCUGAGGAUUGUACUGCUGGGUUCACUGGGAUCAGGAAAGAGUUCAGCAGGAAACACCAUCCUGGGGAAAAAUGCUUUCAGAGCAAGUCCUGUGUUAUCCACUACAAACAGUGAGAAACAAGCAACAGUGGUGUCUGGAAGAACCAUCUCAAUAAUAGACACCCCAGCCAUAACAUUAGAUUCCUUCCACUUCGUUCAUCUGUCUAAAAUUGAGAAAAGCUUAGAAAUGUCUGCUCCUGGUCCUCAUGUGUUUCUACUAGUCAUCAGAGUGAAGAACUUCACAGAGGAAGAGAAGAAUAUAAUGAAAUGGCUUCAGCAGAACCUUGAAAGAGAUGUUUUUAAUCACACAAUUGUUCUUUUCACUCAUACUGAUCUGCUGAAUGUCCUGAUAAAAGAUCCUUUGAAAGAGUUUAUCAGAAUACACAUUGAUCUACAAUCACUGAUCGGCAGCUGCGGUGGCAGAUUUCACUCAUUCAAUAAUAGGGCAAUGUGGAACAGAUUUCAAGCCAUAGAACUGCUAAGGAAGAUUGCUGAAAUGGUGCAGAGAAAUGAACGGAAGUGCUACACCAAAAACAACAUCUUUAAAAGAGCCCAGAAAACAAAACAGUUAGUACUUGCAAAAAAACAAGACACAGAUUGUGAAAUACUAUAAAGCCCACAGACCUGUAGUAUUUCCUCGGCCAUCUGGAUGUGGGUGUUACAAUACUUAUGCAUGUUGUAUAAAUAUGAUGUCAUGCAUAUAAUUAAGGGAAAUUAUUAAUUAAGAGAGAAUCAUACAGUGGUAAUUCUGAGCAGUCCACGAUUGGACUCUCCUUACUGAUUUAAUUGUUUUAUGUUGGAUAGGAUGGCGACUAUUAUGUUACCCACAAAGUUGGCAAAAGCGUUCAUGCGAUGAGAAAUUUAGCUUUUGUUAAAUGUCAUAAUAAAAAAAACAAUAUUACUUUUAGAUUUCUAAAUGUUUUAAUCCAUAACAUGUAGUAAUAAUCUGCGUUCUCAUGAGUAACUGCCUGUAUCAAAGACUUUAUAUAGCCUAUAGAAAGACGGUGCACUCUUUCUCAAUAUUACUUAUGAAUGGGAAAAAGUGCAACACACAAUAUGGCGGAAUGAGUCCCGCCUUCUAAAUAAAAGAGCCAAUCGCUGAUUAGUAAAGUCAUUGCUUUUUAAGCUCUAUUUGAGCAUAAAAACAACAUUUUAUCGGACGAUUCAUGUUAGAUUUGGUUGCUGAUUUGAAAUAUGUUAUUUAAUUGUGAGUUUAGAAAGCAGUUUUUAAGAUUUCAGGAUUCCCCCAUUCAAAUAGACAGGACUUUGGCAUGUAGGUGCGCUAAAUCCUGUUACCGGAAACUAAUAGUAUAAGUAGUAAUAAGAAUGCAGAAGUAGUUGUGUAAAAAGUCCAAUGUAAGCAAGGGUUUAAUAUCCUGGAUGUUAAAUGUACAAAUCAGUUUUUAAGAAACUUGUUCACUGAGUAAUAAUUCAAUUAUUAAGGUUCUCUUUUUACACUUAUUCUAUACUAAACAUUUUGGUUACAAAUUUCAGCUUCCUUAUUGUGUUUCACCAGCUGU